AUGAUUUUGGAUCUGAGAUCUCACUAAUCCCCACAUUUUAAUCACCCAUUGAUCUCUCUCCCUCUCCUAUCUCUCCUCUCUCUCUCUAAUCUCUUUUAUAGUAUCUUCACAUGGGGUUUCUCACUCUCUGGCUCUGCCCAAUUCCACCAUGGCUUCUUCACACCGACAAACACACACUCACACUUUGAUUUUAGGACUCCAAUUUACCUUCUUUCUUCAAUGGUAGGCAUCCCAGAGCCAAAAUUAUAUAGAUAGAUAGCUUAGAGAGAGAGAGAGAGUAGUGACGAUGAGUAGUUGCAGAGUGAAGUUCUAGGGUUUUGGUGCGUUCCUUCUUUUGAGUGAAUUGAUGAUUGAUCGAUUGACCAUGUGUGGCUCUUUUGCUGCACUUUGGAAUUGAGCUGACCGUGUGUUUGUGAUGGGAGCGCUAGUUGAACUGUGUGUGAAUUUAAUUCUAGGGUUUUGGAACUGAACUGAAUAAGCUAUAGCUUUACUGGGAUAAACAAGUAGAAGGAGAAAAAUGAUAUCUUCGGGAAUAAAUUUGGUGAUGACAGUGAUUGGAUUCGCCGUGAGUGCGAUGUUCAUUGUAUUCGUCUGCACCAGGCUCAUUUGUGCUCGGAUUCAAUUGAGUGCGUCCAGACGUUCCUUUCCUAUGGCCUCUAGAUCUGAUCUGAGCACACUGGAACGGGGGUUACAUUGCCUUGAGCCUUUUGUCAUAGCCAACUUUCCAAUAAAGAAGUACAGUGAUGCAUACUUUUCCUCUUCAAAAGAUGCUCAGUGCAUAGUUUGCCUGGCAGAAUAUCGCGAGGAAGAUACGUUGCGUAUCCUUCCUUACUGUGGCCACUUCUUUCAUGCAAACUGCAUUGACAUAUGGCUGCAGCAGCACUCAACUUGUCCAGUUUGUCGGAUGUCAUUGCGUGAGUGUCCUGAGAAAAAACGCAUGAUGCAACCCGUGUACAGUUCAGCUGUCCGAUAUGGUUAUGGCAUGGAAUGCCUGAACACAAAUUCUGAUCACUGUUUAUACACUAGUCAUAGGCUUCCAUCGAGAGCACAUGACAAUCAUCGGAUGGACCCCAUCCAAGAGGAUCAGUUUCCAUCUGUGGGUGAUGGCACAGAAGCUGGAGAGAGCAUCUCCACUCCAAUUGAGAGUAGUCAGAUAGCAAAAACUUAUGGAAACAAACACCGUGUGGAGAGCCCAUCUAAUCCAUAGUUUUCUUCUGUUUCUUGGAGUCCAAGCUGCAAGACCAGGGCUCCUGAAUUCUCGUAGAUUCAUUGGAAAAGAUGGAACUGAAAUUCACCCAGAUCGUGUCCCGGGAAGUUGAUCAUUCUGUCUUCUGGCUUUCUGUAAAUAUAGUUAAAUUAUCUUUUCCUUCUUUCCCCCCUUUGGUAGUAGUAGCUGGUUUCUGGGAAGUUUUGUGAGUUUCAUUGUAAAAACCUGGAUAACUCAAGUUUACUUGAGCGAUGAUAGUUAUAUGCUCUCUCUCUCUCUCUC